GGGAGAAAUGCUCAUUGGGUACAGUGUCUCUUUCCAUUUGCGUUGCGAUCAGCUGUGAACGCUACUCGCACGAACGACAAGUUGCUGUGUUUUCUUUGCGCGAUUACUUGCAAGGACGCAGAGCGGUGGAAAACAUAUCGAUCUGCUUGACGAACAGUUUCCCCCGCAAGUGUUCGCGUACGUGAAAUAGGCGGACAACGAAAGUGAACAAGUACAAUCAUCUCAGCAGCGCCCGCACUGGUUGGGCGUCAAAUUCCUUUGUCAUCGCUGUACGCGAUGGUAGACAUGGUGUAGGGAGCAGCCAUUGCAGUUACUUCUUGUUGUUGUUAUUGGUGGUUGUGGCAGUGUCACUGUGUUAUCGGUAUUCGCGUUUAUUUUUUUUUGUUUUGUGAAGCUUUUUGUUUAUCCUGUGUAAUUCUACAAUUUUCUGUACGUACCAUCGAGCCAGAGAGUGCAAACGAAAACAAAAUGGCCUGGUCGCAAAAGCAAUUCAUAUUCGCGCUUACCAUGGUGGUAACAGGCUCCAUAAACACGCUCAGUACAAAAUGGGCUGACAAUAUCGAAUCGGAAGGCUCGGAUGGUCAGGUGCGGCGGUUUGUGCAUCCGUUCGUGCAAGCGUGUGCAAUGUUCCUUGGAGAAUUCCUUUGUUUACUUGCAUUCAAAGCCGUUUACUAUCAUCUACGUCGCAAGAAUAAUGGUUCCGAGGACCGGCACGAUCUUGUGCAGGGCAACCGGGAGUUCAGCCCCUUCAUCCUAUUCGUGCCGGCAAUGUGCGAUAUGCUGGCGACCUCCAUUAUGUACGUUGGUCUCAAUCUGACCUACCCCUCUAGUUUCCAGUUGCUCAGAGGAUCGGUCAUAAUCUUUGUCGCUAUACUGAGUGUAGCCUUCCUGAACCGCACGCUGGUGAAGCGGGAAUGGUUCGGCAUUGCCUUCAUCAUGGUUGGCCUGGUGAUUGUUGGCAUGUCCGAUGUGCUGUCGAACGAUAAUACGGGAUCGCAGUACACUAGGAACAAUGUCAUCACGGGUGAUCUGCUUAUUAUACUGGCACAAAUCAUUACCGCGGUCCAAAUGGUGUACGAGGAGUAUUACGUGACCGCGCUAAACAUCCCGGCACUGCAAGCCGUCGGCUGGGAAGGUUUCUUCGGCUUUUCCGUGCUGGGGGCGCUUCUGCUGCCGAUGUACUUUAUCCACGUGAUGUACCCGUUCAACAGCAACGCGCACGGCGUGCUGGAAGAUUUGCCCGAUGCGCUCGCCCAGAUGGCCAACAACUAUCAGCUGAUCAUAGCUAUUUCGGGCAUGAUUGUGUCGAUUGCAUUUUUCAACUUUGCCGGCAUUAGCGUGACGAAGGAAAUCUCAGCCACGACGCGGAUGGUGCUCGAUUCCGUCCGAACGCUCGUCGUGUGGGUAGUGUCGUUGCUGCUGGUUUGGCAAAAGUUCCACUACCUGCAGCUGAUCGGGUUCGCCGGCCUCCUGUUCGGCAUGUGCCUGUACAAUGACAUUAUUGUGCUGCAAACGUACCGGCGCGUGAAGAUUGCGCUGUUGCUGCGCAUCGGACGCCAGUCGUCGGACGGAAUGGGCGAGGUUAUUAUCAACCGGCAGGCGGACGAGCCAGAUCGUUAGACUGAGAGAAAGAGAGAGAGAGAGAGAGAGAGAGAGAGAGAACGCAAAAACUGUGGGUGUAAACGGAUAUUUGGGACUUUUUUUCGUAUGUGUGUAGUAUAGUAAAGCUCCUUGCGCUGAUACUCUCUGUUGUGUGUAUCAAUAACAACAAAAAUAUCUCAAAACAAAUACAAACUCUUAACUGAUAGGGGAAUAAAAGUGAAUCCAAUGUGAAGCUACUUA